CAGCCGCGGGCUCUGCGCAGCCGCCGGGAACUCUCUUCCCACACGCCCCUCCCACCCCGUCACCACCCUUACUCCCGUCUGGCUUCCGAUAGCGCUGUCGUUUUAGGGCUUGCUUGCUAGUCUUUCUUCUCUACUACCUAUAUGUGCAGCAGCUUCUUGAGAGGGAAAAAAAAAAAAAAAGCCAGGAGGGAAGCUGUUGCACCUUGAAAGCCUACUAGCGAUUGUCCUUCUGCUUAGUACGCAAAGUGCUUCCCCAAACCAAGGAAUAUACAGUGACCCCCGGGCCCUCUUCUCGCAAUCCUUCAACUUCUCUACCCAGCAACAGACGGCCGGACUUCCCCUUUUAGCUUUCUUAUUGGCCAACUUGAAUCGACAGCUGCAAUUCUGAUUGGUCAUGCGUGAUCGUCCGGAUUCUUCCAAUUGGCGAAGCUGCCGGGAGUUUUUUUUUCCGGGUUGAUCUGCAGAGGGGCUGGAGAGGCGGGGUCGUUUCUGCGGGAUUACUUUUUCGAGGCCGCCUUUGAUUGGGCGCCGUGGCGCAAUGCGCUCGACCCUUUAGACCCCAAACUGUCGGGACUCUGGCGUCGGUGCUCUAGGUGCUUCCGCCCGUAAACCGAAGCCGACGAGGAGACUUCCGUGCUUGGGCAUUUGCAGAGGGCGAGCGACCUUCAGUUGCUCUUUCACUUCCCAAUUCCACAAGAGCUCUGGGCGGCAGAGUUAUGGAGAAGCGCCUGAAGGAGGCUCAGCUGUACAAGGAGAAAGGGAACCAGCGUUACCGAGAAGGGAAGUACCGAGAUGCUGUAAGUGGGUACCAUCGAGCUCUGCUUCAGCUGCGGGGUCUGGAUCCAAGUCUGCCCUCCCCGAUACCUAAUCUAGGACCCCAGGGCCCGGCCCUCACACCUGAACAGGAGAACAUACUGCACACCACCCAGACAGACUGCUACAACAAUCUAGCUGCCUGUCUUCUUCAGAUGGAGCCAGUGAACUAUGAACGAGUGAAAGAAUACAGUCAGAAAGUCCUGGAACGACAACCUGAUAAUGCCAAGGCCUUGUAUCGGGCUGGAGUGGCCUUUUUCCAUCUGCAGGACUAUGACCAGGCUCAGCACUACCUCCUGGCUGCUGUCAGUAGGCAGCCAAAAGAUGCCAAUGUCCGGCGGUACCUCCAGCUAACACAGUCGGAACUCAGUAGCUACCAUCAGAAAGAGAGACAGCUCUACCUGGGCAUGUUUGGUUAACAAAGAAGAAAGAUGCUCCUCCACUUGAACUUGAAAGUUAAAGACCAGAGGGGGAAAGCCUGAGCCUCAGCAAGAGAAAUUAACCCCAUACCUCUGACCCAGGUGGAUUUCUGUUUUGCUUCUAGCCCUGCACAAACUCUUUGGCACUUAUGCAGUCUCUGUCUUUUGGUUGUUUUGUUUUUGUUUUUUGGUCUGUCCAUCUACGUAUUUGUAUAGCUUUCCAUACAUGAUAUUCUUGGGGAUAUUUGCCUUGAGAAAUACAAUCAGCUAUAGGUGCAAUUAAUCCUGUCUAUGGGAUAGAUUUUAAUGGUAGAUGUUAUAUGUAUCCAUAUACAGAGGAGAAGGCUAGUAAAGGAUGAAAGAAUGACAAAAGAGUUUUUUCUGUUUCCUCAGAUAACCAAAGCCAAAGUCACACAGGCCACAAACUGGGAAAUAUAUUUUUGUGUGAAAACAGACAAUUAUAAAUUGGACCCACAGGACUUAAAAAGGAAAGAUUUGAAAUUAACCACUUUGGGGGUGCCUGGGUGGCUCAGUCAUUAGGUAUCUGCCUUCGGCUCAGGUCAUGAUCCCGGGGUCCUGGGAUCGAGCCCCACAUCGGGCUCCC